UAUUAUAUUUAUUAUUUCCCUAAUUUCUUGUCCAGUAAGAACAUGGGGGAAAAAAAUUAAAAAUAAUUAAAAAAAAAGACUGAAAAGGUACAGCUACCUUCUUCGUUGUUUCCCUCCUGGCACCAUCUUCGUUGCUUCCUCCUGCGUUUUUGUUUCGCCUCCUUUCCCAAUCCAUCUUCCCCCUCCGAUUAGGGUUCUGAUCACUGGUCGUCUAGCGCGAUCCAUGGAGCCAUCAAAGGGGAAGGGCGGCCUCAAGAGUAAGCGUGGCCGGAUGCUGAAGCCCGCGGCCGCCGGCACGAUGGACCUCGCGUCUCCGUCGCCGUCGCCAUCGCCUUCAGAGUCUUCCCCGUCUCCAGCGCCGCUGCCUCCUUCCACCAGAGGCAGCAGGAAGAACCCCAUCCACCUUCAGGAUCCUUCCGGCGCCGAGGCCUCCCCACCCAGUGCUUCUCCCAAGGUAGAUAGCGAGUCCGGUCUCGACCUCGUUGUGGCGGUUGACCCGCAAAUUCCACCCCCCAGGUGGGGUCAAGUGGUGCGCGUGGUGCCGUCCAUGGACGCCGUGGUCAAGGUGUUCUGCGUGCACACGGAGCCCAACUUUUCGUUGCCCUGGCAACGGAAGCGGCAAUACAGCUCGAGCAGCAGCGGGUUUGUCAUCUCCGGAAGGAGGGUGCUUACUAACGCCCACUCGGUGGAGCACUACACCCAGGUCAAACUUAAGAAGCGUGGUUCGGAUACCAAGUAUGUCGCCACGGUCCUAGCCAUUGGAACCGAGUGCGAUAUAGCCAUGCUAACGGUUGAAAAUGAUGAGUUCUGGGAGGGUGUUUCUCCUGUUGAAUUUGGUUCAUUGCCUGCGCUUCAAGAUGCUGUAACUGUAGUUGGAUAUCCAAUUGGAGGGGAUACAAUCUCUGUUACAAGUGGUGUUGUCUCUCGUAUUGAGAUACUUCCCUAUGUCCAUGGCUCCACAGAACUCUUGGGCCUACAGAUAGAUGCUGCUAUAAACUCAGGCAAUUCUGGAGGCCCUGCUUUUAGCGACGAAGGAAAAUGUGUUGGUAUCGCAUUUCAAUCUCUUAAACAUGAAGAUGCUGAGAAUAUUGGCUAUGUCAUUCCAACUCCUGUCAUCAUGCAUUUCAUUCAGGAUUUUGAGAAGUCAGGGGAAUAUACAGGAUUUCCUAUAUUUGGGGUUGAGUGGCAGAAAAUGGAAAAUCCGGAUCUACGGAAGGCAAUGGGAAUGACCUCUGAUCAAAAAGGUGUGCGUGUUAGAAGAAUAGAACCGACUGCACCUGAAGUUCAGUUCCUGAAGUCAUCUGACAUUAUCUUGAGCUUUGAUGGAGUCAACAUUGCUAAUGAUGGAACUAUUCCUUUUAGGCAUGGUGAACGAAUUGGAUUCAGUUAUCUGGUUUCUCAGAAGUUCACUGGGGAGAAUGCUGUGAUAAAAGUUCUACGAGAAUCUAAAGUUUUUGAGUUCAACAUAAAACUUGCAGCACACAAGAGACUUGUUCCAGCUCACAUCAAUGGGAAGCCUCCAUCUUAUUAUAUAAUUGCUGGUUUCGUGUUUACAGCCAUAUCUGUUCCAUAUCUUCGCUCUGAGUAUGGGAAGGACUACGAGUAUGAUGCACCAGUGAAGUUGUUGGAGAAACAUUUACAUGCAAUGGCACAAUCCCAUGACGAAGAGCUGGUGGUUAUCUCCCAGGUGCUUGUGGCUGAUAUUAAUAUUGGUUACGAAGGCAUUGCCAACACUCAGGUAAUGGCUUUCAAUGGUAAACCUGUCAAAAAUCUUAAAAGCUUGGCAAACAUGGUAGAGACCUGUAAUGAGGAGUUUUUGAAAUUUGAGUUGGAAUAUCAGCAGAUUGCAGUCCUCCAGACUAGUAAUGCAAAGGCAGCCACACUGGAUAUCCUUACAAUGCACUGUAUAUCUUCUGCAAUGUCUGAUGAUUUGAAGUCAUGAAUGUGGUGUCAGAAACCCUUUCCCAGCAUUUUUUUGUCCAAGUUAACUAGUCAAUUGGUUGGAUGCCAAAGAACAGGCAACUUAUUUCUUGAGUCAGAACAGCAGUCCUCUCCUAUAUAGUUAUACUUAGGAAUCCAUUGUCUAGCUUGUUUCCCAAUCGUAUUUUUAUCCUUCAUCAAGGAGUUCUAGCUUCUUUUGUGCAGAGAGAAACCACCUCAUUUGUUAAGAUCCACAGCACUAAUGAUGGCUACGGAGGAACUUAAAUUUGUUAUUUGGUUUGCAUAAUCAAUUCGAAGAAAUAGGAUUUUAGGCCUGGGGAAGUCUCAAUCCUGGUGUUUUUAUAUCUUUUACCAUUGUUAAGCUAUUCUCAGAGUGUCUGAGUCUUGACAACUAAAUGUAAAUUGCAAACAACCUACCACUAUGUAUAUUGGUGAUUCUCUAAAUCAAAUAUGAGGCUCAUUCUGGGUGUAUUA